CUGAAAGCUGAUGUGGUUCCAAAGACAGCAGAAAACUUCAGAGCUCUUUGUACUGGGGAAAAAGGAUUUGGAUAUAAAGGAUCCACUUUUCACAGAGUGAUUCCUUCAUUUAUGUGCCAGGGUGGUGACUUUACAAAUCAUAAUGGAACCGGUGGAAAAUCCAUUUAUGGCAGUAGAUUUCCAGAUGAAAAUUUCACACUUAAGCAUGUAGGACCUGGUGUCCUUUCAAUGGCCAAUGCAGGACCCAAUACAAAUGGAUCUCAGUUCUUCAUUUGCACUGCAAAAACUGACUGGCUAGAUGGAAAACAUGUUGUUUUUGGGCAUGUAAAGGAAGGAAUGGAUGUCGUGAAAAAAAUUGAGAGCUUUGGUUCCAAGAAUGGCAAGACCUCCAAAAAGAUUGUCAUUACUGACUGUGGCCAGCUGUCCUAGCCUUCAGGACCUUCCUACCAUUCAGGACAACUUCAAUGCUGUGAAAAAAAAAUCCUAAAAAAACCCCAAACAUUUCUGAUCCCAUGAGUAGCACCUAUGGAACCAUAUUUUCUAUUUAACUUGGUCCAACUUUUAUAUUUAUAUUGAAUAAUAUUGAUUAAAAGCAUAAAACA